CUGCAUAUUAUGUGAUAUAUGAUGCCAUGUGCCAUUUUUAUGCUAUUUGAAUACCCCGCAUCCUUGUCAUGGCACCCCACAUACGUCAGUGCUUCCCCCUUUUCUGUGCUACAUGUGUUGCAGCGGCACAUAGUCGACACGAAGGCAUUCAAGAUGGAACUGGAACCUCUGGGAUUGUUUCACAGUCUCUACUCGAACAGGACAUCACGUCCGAUCUAGUGUUCUUCGACCGCAAUUCCACAAUAGUACUGCCUCAAGUCCUCAACAUUGAUUCUGCGUUUCGUUCUUCCUGAUCGACGAAGGAUUAGGCCGUCACCUAUCGGGCUGGAACUGUUGUCUUUCGGAGAGAUAAACUUGGGAGAAGAACAUGACGGGAGAAUCGUCGUCACACCUGAGAUAGAGGUGUUGGUACUAGGAUUCGGAGCUGUGGUGAGUUCUAUC